UGCCACUGCUAUCUUUCAUCUGAUUGGUAAACGUGCAGGUCAGUCUAGACAGACAUGUCUGGGAAGACACUGACAGAGGAUUUAGGUCCGCUUUUCUGGGUAUAGCGAUAGAGAAACGCAAGCUCUUCUUUGGUGGGAUUUGGGAAGUAUUAAUACAAAGAGUUAUCGUUUGUUUUCUUCACAUUGCGUCGGAUUACACAGUGACAAAUGAUGUCAUUUUUGUUAAAUACUGGGACCUGAAUAAAGCUGUUCCAAAAAAUUCACACUUUAUUGGAUCGCUGUGCUCGGGCAAUUGCUGGUUACUACCUGCGCUUAUUAUUAUUUGUGAAUUUUGUUUUAUUUCGGGGGAAAACGUAUGUUCAUGAAAUCCGAGCAUGUCAGGAAAACAUUACAAAGGUCCUGAAGUCAGUUGCUGCAUCAAGUACUUUAUAUUUGGAUUCAACAUUAUUUUUUGGUUGCUUGGAGUAGCCUUCCUUGGAAUUGGACUGUGGGCAUGGAGUGAAAAGGGUGUGCUGUCCAACAUCUCCUCCAUCACGGACAUGGGCGGCUUUGACCCCGUAUGGCUCUUUAUCGUGGUCGGGGGGGUGAUGUUCAUCCUGGGCUUUGCCGGCUGCAUCGGGGCCCUGAGAGAAAACACAUUUCUACUCAAGUUUUUCUCCGUUUUCUUGGGGAUUAUUUUCUUCCUGGAGCUGACUGCAGGGGUCCUGGCUUUUGUGUUCAAAGACUGGAUUAAAGAUCAACUCAAUUUCUUCAUAAACAACAACAUCAGGGCGUACCGUGAUGAUAUUGACCUGCAGAACCUCAUUGAUUUCACCCAGGAAUACUGGGAGUGCUGCGGUGCAUUUGGAGCUGACGACUGGAAUCUGAACAUUUACUUCAACUGCACAGAUAGCAAUGCUAGCCGAGAGCGAUGCGGCGUGCCAUUCUCCUGCUGCACCAAAGACCCUGCAGAGGAUGUAAUAAACACCCAGUGUGGCUAUGAUGUAAGGGCAAAAGUGGAAUCUGAGCAACAAAACUUUAUCUACAUCAAGGGCUGUGUGCCACAGUUUGAGAAGUGGCUACAAGACAAUUUAACAGUAGUAGCAGGGAUCUUUAUUGGAGUUGCAUUAUUACAGAUUUUUGGGAUCUGCUUGGCACAGAAUCUAGUGAGCGACAUUGAGGCUGUGAGGGCCAGCUGGGGCUACCUGGUUAACACAUCAUCAACAAGACACACACACACGUGUUACAAAAAACCCAUGGAACUUGAAUCUCCCGAGGAAACCUCCAGACAGUCUUCCUGCAGUUCCCCCUUUCCACAGCGUCCUUAACCAGACUUCUGUCCAUCUUACAGUGACCCCUCCACACCACAUUCCUUUACAGAGGUUCACAUCUGCCUAGUAGAAUGAAGCCUGUGGUCCUCAGUUAAUACCACCUGAUAACAGGAUCUGCUGCUAACUGUACCCACAAGUACCUCUGGGACUGUCAUUCACUUUGUCAUUUCACUUCCCAUUCACAGCCACAAUAAGCAUUCUGUCUGUGUCCUUUGUCAAGGAUUUCAAGACACACAGCCAGAUUGGCUAAACUGCACUACGUUUGCACCAGUCUAUCUAAAAGAAUAAAGAAAAUAUGACUCAAAUGCUUACUGAAUUAGGCCCAUGUGGUUUAUGAAGUAUCAGACUUGUGAUAGUAGUCCAAAGGACAAGCAAUAUUUUCAACAUUCUAGUCCUUAAAGAUAAUUAUUGAAUAGAUACAGCAGGCUUACCUUUAAUGUAAAACCAAUCGUUCGAAAAAAUGUAAUGUACAGUAGUUGAAAAACAUUCAAAAUCAAGAACUUUAUAAAUAUAUUAAGGAGCGAAGAUGUUUUUAUUUUAAAAAAGCAGCAGAAAUUGGCAUAGAUGUUGCCCAGCUUUUUAAGACAAAUGCUCUGUGUGUUUCUGUUUUAUUGUCCUCACAGAACGUUUUUAGCAUUUUCUGUAUACUACUACUUUAAUAUGAUAAUAAUGCUCAUGUUCCUGCAUACCAGUUUUAACCAACCUUAUCAUUAUGAAAUAAGAAUGCUUUUUAGUAAGCGGUUCGCCUUUCAGGGAACAGUGUACAGGUUCAGAGUAUUGCCUUUUGGCCUCUCUCUAGCUCCCCAUGCCUUUUCGAAGUGCAGGGAAGCUAUACUGGCCCCAUUGAGACGACUGGCUUAUUGUGCCCAGUCUCCAGCUCAGGCAGACGCUGACACGUAACUGGUCAUCGGCCACCUUCAACAGUUGAGUCUUACGGUGAAUCAUACGAAGAGCCAGCUCACGCCUUCUCAAACAGCCUCCUAUUUAGGAGUGUGUUUGGACUCCAGGUCCAUGCUGUCCACUCUGUCUGCAUGGACAAGCACAUGGUAAUGACGUGCCAAAACUUCUGGGCUUGAGGGCAGCAUCUUCUCAGACCCUACCUUCGGUCUUCUGCGCAUGUGUCCUCUGCAGGCAUGUGCUUGUCCAUGUAGAUGAUACAACAGUGGUCGCCCAGCCUCCAUCGCAUGGCCCGUAAACUUUGCUGUGUGCACACAAGAACUUACUGUCACUACGGAGGGUCCCAGUGCCUCAGAGUGGAGACGAACCCCGAGGUGGUAGCCUCAUUUGGGAGAGGUUCAGGAAUCAACUCACUGUCCCCUCUGGUUCUCUAUAAUAGGCGAUAGGGACCCGCUGGUGGUAGAUGCCUUGGCACACCAGUGGCCAAGGCAACUGUUAUAUGCCUUCCCAACGCUCGCCUUGCUCCCGCUGUGUGUGGAGAAAAUCAGGCAUUCGGCCAAGGUGUUCCUAGUAGUAGUAGUCUGUUUGCUUGCUAUCACCUUAGCAAAGCGGGUCAGGACGAUGACACAGAGUUGAGUUUCUCCCUCCAUUUUUUAGUCCUAGCUACUUGUUACUGGGGUUUCGUAUGGUAACAUGGUAAGGCAGCCUCUAGACUUAGAAAUGUAGCAUUCCUGUCAUUCUGCAAUAUUGCCCUUGCGACGGCUUUGGUAUACGCACCCAUUCGGUAAUAGUUAUAUUUUGUACUUGAUAGGGAGAGGUUAUUAUCAUAAUCCUGGUUCCCUGAAAUAGAAGUGUAACCAUUAACCUUCAAGGUCGCUGCGUCCAUGAUUGCAGCAUGCUUGAAGGAACAAUUAUGUUGGUAACUGUGUCUGCAGUCUUAUGCCCUCUGGGGUGGGCAUGACUGCGUCACAGGCGCUGGCGUGGGGCUUUGGUAUAUCUAUUUAGGUUUCUUGGUCUUUACAGGUAAAUACCCAUGAGGUAAUGGUUACAUUUCUAUUUCAGGGAACCAGGGUUAUGACAAUAACCUAACGUUCUGCAAUAUGACUGGAUAUGACACAUGUCAAUAAACUGAGAUCUGGUCAUGUGAACACAAUCCCUGCCAGGCAGUGCAGUGCACGAGGGUCAGCAGCCGCUAGAGAGAGAGAAAAAAACAGUACAGCAAGCGAGCGAUAAAUAUCUUGAUUUUCUUCCUAUGCCUCUGGAAAUCGGGACUGUCCCAACCAUAGGUUCUGUUGGCAUGUAUAUGAUCAGUUUGAAAUGUGCACAAAAUGGACUAGAAUGAUCCGCAUUAAAAUUAAAUUAGAUAUAUUUUUAUUUAAGUAUGUUUGCAAGAAUCACACUGCUGUAAUCAAAAUGUGUCUUUCUUAUUGUACAGGGAUCCCUAUAUAUCCGCAUAUCAGAUUAGUAAAGAAGGGUUUAUAGGUUACAGCGAUGGCAGAUGUUUUGCAGCACCCCAUAAAAUGAACACAUUUUGCUUCAUAAAGUCAAAUGAAACCUGCUAAAUAAUGUAACGUUAACAUAUUGAAUUACAUACCGCUUUGUAGUUUCUCAUAUACUUAAUGAAAAACUGACAAAUUGAAAAAUCUGACAUUUCGAAAUCUAACAUGAAAUACAGUACUAUUAUUAUGGCUUCUGGUAGACCUUCGCAAUAUCAGUUUGUAGUUUCGUUGAUUUGACAAUGUAAAAUAAAAGCUUUAAAUUAUGUUAAUAAAGUAUGUCUCAAUCCGAAAAUUCUAGGUGAUGCAAAACUUUUGGCCACAGCUGUAGUCCUCAUUAUCGGUUCCACUUGUUUCCGAUCAGUUAAACCAAUUAACGGGAUCAUCUGUUUGGUACUCUGCAAUCAGUAUUAAGUUAGUACAGAUUUGCAGGAUUUUCUAGUCUGCAUUUUAGUCCACUAGAUGUGGACUAAAUCACUGGUACACUGCAAUUGACCCAAUCGUGUUAUUUAUUAAAAAUAAAAAAUCUGAUUGUAUUCACAUCGAAGCAGAUGGGUAGAAAUAUAAAAAGAUAAAUAAUAGAUAAUAUUAUAUAAGUGCUAGAUCUUGGUAAUAAUAUGUCUACAAUUGAUGCAAGAUCGCAAAUAUGAUCCAUAGGCCCCCGAGAAAUCAUUUCAAUGUACUCUCCAUGAAAAACCCUCAUAAGGUGAUCUAAUUAAUUGGUUAGCAUAAAAUAAAUGUAAACGCUAUAACAAAAUUACAGAACAUCUUCCAUGAAAAAUGAUUUGUCAGAGAACUGAUGGAGAUCAGGCACUGUAGUCUCCUUUUAUUUAUUCAUUUUUAUUUAGUUAUUUUUUGUUUUCCUCCCGA